AUGGAGGAAGUAGCAGUAGCAGUGGCAGCAGAAGAGGAGCGAGCAAUGAUAACGAUUCUGAAGCCCACCGAAGUUGAAGAAGAAAAAGGGCAAUUGAUCGCAGUGGUGCCGCAGUUACCUCAAGAAAUUCUGAUGGAUAUCCUCUCCAGAUUACCAGUGAAGACGCUAUUGCGAUUCAGGUGUGUAUCCAAAGGCUUGCGCAAUCUAAUUAGUGACCCUAAUUUCAUUACCCAACACCUCAAUCGUUCAGCUGAGGACUGUUCCCGUCUCAUCCUUGGGACUUCAGCAAUUAAACAGAUUUUUUACAUAAACUACGAGACAUUUAGUGAGAUGCUAAUAUAUGAUUUUUCCAAAUUUUCUCAUGGUUUCUCAUGGUUGGAGAUUGUCGGUUCCUCUAAUGGCUUGCUGUGUUUAAGCUUUUCCCAUGUUUCAUUUAGAAAAAAGGGGAAUAUUCUGUACCUAUGCAAUCCAGCAACCCUAGAAAUCAAGCAUUUACCAAAUGCUCCCAUUGAGUACACAGGAGCAUGGGAUUACUCAUACACUGCGUUCGGGUUUGGUUUUGAUUCCAUAGCUAACGAUUACAAGGUGGUAAGUAUUGACUACUUUCAAAAGCAUGGAAUGCUGGACGGAACUAUACAUCCCUCAGAAGUCAAGGUGUACUCUUUAACCACGGGCCAAUGGAGAAGACUUGAAGAUGCAUCAUUUAAUAUCAGUCCAGCUCAGAAAACUAAAUUGACGAAUGCAGUAGUGAAUGGUGCUAUACAUUGGAUGGCAGAUAAUGUGAAGUUUUCUUCUGAGUUUAUUAUAUCAUUUGACCUUGGACUUGAGAUAUUCCGCCCAAUCCCAGAGCAUGAAUAUCGACAUGGAGGUAGAUUGUAUUCCAAAAACGUUGGGGUCUUAGGAGGAUGCCUUUCUGUGUUUGAUGUUUAUUGUUACCAAUGUAUUGAAAUAUGGGUGAUGAAGGAUUAUGGCGUGAAGGAUUCUUGGGCUAAACUGUUCACCAUUGAUGCCCCGUCAAUAUAUGAAUUUGAUUUUGAUUCUACAAACUUUCCAGCACCUGAUUCAUUCCAUUCCUUAAUGCCAAUAGCAAUACAGAAGAAUGGUGAAGUUCUAUUGGAGAAUUAUUAUCAACUUGUUUCUUAUGACCCAAAAAGCCGCAGAGAGAGGGCAAUUGGAUCUGGCGGGCUUCCCAAAUGUUUUCGGUCUGUUACUUAUGUGGAGAGCCUUGUUUCACUCAAGGUUUGCUAUGGACAGCAGGGGAACCUUAAGCAUAAGGGAGAAGAAGAUGAAUCAAGAAUAUGAACAGGUAUAUAGGAAACUACCCUGCCCCUUUUAAUUCAUUCUAUCUGCUACUUAGCUCAUGACUAAGUAGUUAGUGAGAUCUU